AACAGCUUGAUGGAGUUUAUCAUGGUGCUUAUGACCACUCGUUGAAAGCUAGAAGAAACUCUGUAUGAACUCCAUUGGAGCCUUUUUUUACUGACCGGCAUUCGUCGACAUCACCGCAGAUACACCUUGAAGGCCACCUUAGCAGCCCUAUUUCGCUUGAAUUCGGAGCCUAUCAAACUUUCAAUUGUCGGCAAAACAUGUGUUGAUGACAAUGAUACUAGUCUCGACAGCUGAUCACUGGUCCGUCAUUUCUCUGCAAAGUUUGCUGAUGCCUCUAUCUAGAUUGCAGGGUUGCUCAUAAUUGUCCCUGAGCCUUUCUCCCACUCUAAUUGCCCUCCGAGGGAAAUGUUCGUUUCUAAUCAUUCACACUGUAAAGCGCCGAUUUCGCUCAUGAAUUGAUCGAGCUGCCUCAUGGCUGCCUGGAAGCUUAGGUCGUGCAAUGAACGUGACGUAGUCUCCUUUACUACAUAUACAUAUACAACGACGUAUGGGAAUUCGAACAGGGCUCGCCAAUCGAGAGGCUCCCCACAAUGUUUUCUUCACGGGCUUCGUCUAAUUUCGCCAACACCAGAACUUCCUCGGCUGCAAAUCAAGCAAAGAACUUUGCUGGUCAAGGUGGUGCAUCAACGCGCAUCUUCAAGGGACCCACGCCCUCAUCCUAUCCAUACGGGGUCUCCGCUCACUUCGAUGUCGGUUAUUACAAUAUCGAUCCAUCGCAUCAGCCACGGUCGAGAAACAGUUGGUUCAAUAUGUUUCCCGACCCCAAAAAUCCUUCAAACUCGUCACACCAAAAAUCGUCUUUCUCCAUCUAUCCAGGGAUGUCCAAAGACAUGUUUAUCUAUGAGCCGUCCAACUCCGAGUUUUCAUCGCCAGCAACAUCCUUGACAGCUAUCCCCUACUCGCCUGCCUUUUCGACAGACAGCUUAGAUACCAUAGACAGCGUAGAUGCCCACAUAGAUGCACCUCCGUCACAAGGCCGACCACCUAGUCGUUCCUCUACUCCCGCAUCCUCUGCUGGCUCAGCAUCCCAGUCCGGCUUGAAAGGCAUUCUACGUAACACACCCCAAUCUCAGAAUACUACAGCAGACCGUUAUGGGCAACCUCAAUCAUUCGUUCCGUUCAUGGCGCCAGAACGCGAAGCAGAGCUAGAUCACAUCUCGCGCAUGAACACGGAAAUCAACUCGAGUACCCGCUUUCCUCCAGGAGUAACUAUCUCGGUGGAGCACAGGGAUAUUCCUACUCAGAUUUACCGAGACAUGCCUCUCAGCAGUAGCCCUGAGCCUUACGACGAUCCGCCUUUCAAUCAUGAAACUAGUAGGGAUAGACGGCGCUCAUAUGCACCUAUUAUGCCACCCGCGCAUCUGGAACCUUCAAUUUCUCAGUCCACCACCAGUACUCUCGAUCCUAGCCACCCACUCCUCCAGCCACCUUCGAGUGCUGCUCCAGGUUUGAUGUCACAAAGACCUCUCUUGUUCGAGGCUCGUGGGUCCGAUUCCGACGGUUCAACUGUAACCAUAGAGUCUGGGCGACGAUCUUCACCACCCAACCUGCCACGACCCAGAGCGGAUUCAGGACCAACUCGGCACAUAAACUCCACUACGCUACCAGGCGGCCCCCGGUCAGUAAGCCCUAAGACGAUCGGUUCAGCUACGUAUCAUCAAGGAUCUCCAUCUCGAGUCCAAACUUCUGCCGAACCCCCAGUCAUGCCAGUGGCACCGCUAGGGUCAUUAUUUCCACAACCCCCGCCUCAUGCACCACCACCUGUUCAGACCGCAGCCUCAGAUGGAGCUUUACCCAUACCACCUCCACGUUCCCGACCUCAAGCCGUGACUCUCACCACUGUUGAAAGCGGUUCUUCCUCUGCAUCCGAACGCACGCUCCAUGACUCCCCUCCGCGUCCUGAAUAUGCACAACGAAAUAGUAACACUAUUACGUCUACUCGUGGGUCUAGCGCUCCAACUAGCUCUAGCCGCCCACGUUCCUCAAGCAUUUCCAGUACUGCCCCUCCUCCCUUCAGUAUGAUACCCCCCGUAACUUCUCGUUCUUCCCCUCCUACGGCUUCACAGGUAACCCCAUCCACCGCUCCCACAGAGCAACGACAAACAACUUCACCACCCAGAACGACGGUCACCACCAACAACAACUCCGUCAUCCCCGAUCCUUACUUCGUCGAGGAAACCGUCUACCCCGGGGGGCCACGAUCCAGAACCCCAGGUCCAAAACGUAGCCACUCCGACGGCGACAAUCCGAUCUACGCUGGCGCUACGAUUCGAAGUGCAACGCCCUUCAGAACCGAUUUCGCGCCGAACGUUACUUUUACUAAUCCAAUGCAGUCAUUACCACCUCCACCACCAGAACCACGAAGGAGAUAUUCGGAUGAUCAUGGGCAACAGACGUUUUCAAGAGGGCCUGUUUCUGUUUCGAAUUUCGGUCCUCCUCCUGUGUCGGUAUCAACUCGAUCUGUGAGAUGGAAUAAGAAUCUUAUCUGUCCAUCGCCUGUUCUGCCUUGUAACAGGAGAAAAGGGUGGUAUAAUCGAAGAGGUGACCAGCUAUGGACAAACAGCGGAUCGUACAAGGGUGUGCCUGCCGGUCAAGAGUACCCACCGGAUUUGGAUUGUUAUCCAGAAUUUGGUGAAGGUUGGAUGAACGAGGAAGGAGUAAAGAUCGAUAUGAUGCAUCGCCUUGUUCCCAAAGCACCACUCAGGUCGGCCUUGAAGCAACCGCGUGCAUCGAAUCCGAAUCAUGCCUGA